AUGUAUUACCUUUUAUUUUUAUUUCUUAGAGGUUUAGUUCUAAAGAAUUAUCUUCUGAAAGAUUUUAUGAAUGGUUGCAUAAAAAUGUUAUGUAUAUAUGACAAUAUUAUGAUGAUUGCCAACAAUAAAAUUAAAAAACUUUGUGCAAGACUUGUAAAAUAUAUUAAAUAUACACCUAAAAUAUCAAAUAAAGAACACUUGAAAGACCAUCAUUGCAAUCUUUUGAAUUAAAUGAAUACUGCAUUAAUUAUACAUAAAAUAUUAGAAAACUCUAAACAUAGAAAAGAUAAAUGCAAUAAAUAUUAUACAUACGUCGAAAUGAAAAUUCCUUUAUAUAAAAAAUUUCAGGUAUCCUGCUCUUCCAAUAGGUUCAAAUUUAAUGAUAUAAUUGUAAAAGAAACAACCACUAGAGUUCCUCCUGAUACCGAUUUAUCAGUUAUUAAAAGCAUUUCUUUUUCUAGUAUUAACUCACUGUCAAAAUUUGGUAAUGUAUUUAUGGGUGUUGUAUUGACGUCCAUGACAUCUGGUUUCUUAUGUAAAGUAAAUACAAAUUUAAAUAAGAUAAUUCGAUAG